AUGACGAUGCUCAUCAGACGGAUGGUCCACUGCUGCGCUCCGCUCCACCCUCUCAACUCCUAUCUGGAGAUAGGGGCAUGGGGGGGAGGCAUGGCUAGCAGCACGACAGGCGGCCAGCAACGGCAACCAGGCUCGACAGCUCGUGGAUUGCAUGUCGCUCACGAUGCAGUAGUGGUCGACAGACCAAUUACGGGUAAUACUCCGAGCCGACCGCCUCUGUACUAUUUCUGUACACAAGCAUGCCUCAAUGGCCUCCGGACUUCGGGCCUUCUUGAUCCCCAUUGUCCCAACGUUCUGCUCCAUCUAGGCCGGCAGCCGGACGCACCCUCCAGUCAAGCUCAUUAUGCGCCUCAUCCACUCUCUAACCAGGAAUUUCUCAACAAGGCGCAAGAGCAGCUCUCAGUAAGCCUUGUGGACGAUUGGGAGGCCCUCGACAAGUUUGGUAUGUACGGCGCGGUCGGCGCGCUGUUCAAGUUCACGCUGCGCGACUACGGCUACACGCUCAUGGCGAAGGGCGUCCAAUCCAUCGAUAAGGCCGACGUAUCCCGGAUCCUUCUCAUGUCAUUCGGCGGACUCAAUCUGGCAGGCUACGACGAUCUUGACAUCGACGUCGAAGCCGAGGCCAACGAGCUCCUGGAUGAGAUUAGGCAAAAGGUGUAG